AUGAGUGAUGAAAAAGCUGUAAUCAGUACUUGGGCACCUCAAGAAUUCAGAUGCAGAGUGUGUUUAGAAACAUCUACAAAAAUGUAUCCUCUUGAAGGACCUAUCAUAAAUUGUGAUGUUGAUAUCUCCACUAUGUUAUGUUUUUGUACAUCUCUUGAGAUAUCUAUGGGCAAGGGCCUUCCCUCAUUUGUCUGUAUACCAUGUUUCAAAACAGUUCGAAUAGCUUAUAACUUCAUUCACCAAUUCAAAGAAAGUAACAAAAAAUUAAUGGAUGAAAAAUUGAUCAGGAAAGUUGAAAUUUCUGACCCUUUGGAGGUGACAAAUAACUGUGGUGGAUCCCCAAAAACCUACAAGAUCAUAGAUAGAAUUGAGACUAGUGAGGUUAAGAAUGUAAAUGAACUAGAAACUAACAUGUUUCCAAAAUCAGAAGUUGAAAUAUAUGGAACAAGUCACAUAAGUCAAGUAGAUGAUUUCCAAUUGGUCUAUGAGGAACUAGAAGAAAAUCUAGAUGAACCUAAUGGUGCAGAAAUCUACAACUGUGAGAUUGAACCAGAAUUAGAUGAGACACCAAACAUAAAUGAGCAAAACAAAGAUGAAUCAGUGAAUCAUGCCAAAUCAAUUCCAAGAGUAAAAGUAAAAACACGUUUUGCUUGCCCUGUAUGUCCAGGAAUAUAUUUUUCUUCCCCUGAGGAGUAUUUCAUAAACCACAUGUUGAAGCAUGAAGACACUUCAUUCCACUGCAGAAAUUGUGAAAAUGGAAUGAUCUAUAAUGGUACCACCUACAUCAAACAUUUCAGGGAUGUGCACAAAAACCAAUGUCCAUAUUGCAAUAAGAGCUGUCCAACCAAACCUGCCUUAUAUGCCCAUUUGAGGAAACAUUCCAAUAUAAAGUACUAUUGCAGUCACAGAGGAUGUUCCAAAGUUUUCAACAGUAAUUUCAAUCUGAAAAAACAUGAGAGCAUUCAUUCUCAAGACGUGAAACAUGUUUGUGAAGAAUGUGGGCUUGAAUUCAAGACCUAUGACACUUACAGGUAUCACCAAAAGAAGCAUGGGGGACGCAAAUUCUUGUGUACUUACUGUGGAAGGACUUUCAUACAGUCUGUUCACUUGAAAUAUCACAUGUGGUUGCAUACAGGUAUCAAACAGUUCAAAUGUGAUAAGUGUGACAAAAGUUAUACUUCUGUUACACAGAUGAAGAAGCAUAAGAGAAGACAUCAUCCAAGUGAUAGUGAGGAAGGAAAUGAAAUAUUCUUAGAAGUGAAUAUCUAA